AUGUCUGACGCCAACGAUAAGAAAAAGGCUUUACUUAUAUGCUUAGGUAAUAUUUGCCGCUCCCCAAUAGCGGAAGGUGUAUUUCAAAAAACAGUAAAUGAUAUGGGAAUAGGAGAUCAAUGGGAAAUUGAUAGUGCAGCCAUAGGUAGUUGGCAUGUUGGUAAUCCGCCUGAUUGGCGAGCAUUGGAUACCAUGAAGAAACACAGUGUACCUUACAAUAACAGUGCUAGACAGAUAACUUCAGAAGAUUUUAGCUAUUACGACUUCAUAUUUGGAAUGGAUGAAUCAAAUAUGAAAGACCUAAAUAAGAGAGCACCAAAAGGCAGUAAAGCUAAAUUACUUCUCUUGGGAGAUUUUGACCCACAAGGUGACCGAAUUAUCAGAGAUCCUUAUUAUGACAGUGAUUCAAAAGGAUUUGAAAAGUGUUAUCAACAAGCGGUAAGGUGUUCUAAAGGAUUCUUAGAUCAGUUGGCAGCAGGAAAAGUAUAA